AUGACUGCGAUCCCCAACCGCGCCUCUGCCGGCCUUGCCUCGAAGGUGGUGGCGUCACACCCAGAGCUAACCGGCGCCGGUGAUUACCGGGAACGGCUGCUGGCGCUGGUGCGCUCGUCCCACUGCGAGCGCCAGCUGCAGAACUUGGUGCACCAGACGGUGCUCAGUCACCCGGACCUCAUGUACCCGGCCGACUACCCGCCGAUCGCCAUCCAAGAGCCAAUCGACUACAUCCGGCGCGCUCAGCGGGCCUGGGAGCGACGCCUGUACAAGUCGCUGAACGCCAUGAGCUCCGAGCUGGCGGUGCCCCUGGCCCGGCUGCGGCCGCCGGCACAGCAGCAGAAGAUGACUGACCGGCCGGAGGAGGCCACCACUUUUUCAGAGGACUUGGACAAAUUCCGUCCGGUGUACGCGCCCAAGGACUUCCUGGAGGUGCUGACCCGUGUGGAAAGCCCCAACUACAUGCCAUACUGCGGGGACUUUCUGUACGGGAUGGUGCGUCUGCCGCUGCCGAUUCCGGAUCUCGCCGACCUCCGCCAGCAGUUCGAGGAGCUGGGGAACCCACGCUUCCAGCAUCUAAGCAUGUCUGCCGAGUUGCCGGCCGCGACCCGACCCCAGGUCACCGUCAGACAGUUUCGAGAGGCCGUCGGCAAGAAAGUGCUGGACAUGGAGUACGCUCCGGUCAGCCGAGACUUCGCCAAGCUGGGCGUGCCGCAGAGUCUGCGCGGCCGCAUCUGGGGCCAGAUUCUCGGCGUCCGCAUUGAGGAAAAGCACUGGGCGCGCUACCGUGACCUGCAGCGGGCCGUGCUACAGCACGACCUGCUGGCCGACCGUCUGGUGGCGCGCGACGUCCAGCUCACCGCCGGGAACGACGACCAGUACUUCGUGUUCGCCGAGCAGCUGCGCGCCACACUGCUGCGCUUCCUGCGGCACACGGAGCCUCUGGCGGCGCUGGCGGCGCUGCCCGCGCAGCCGGCGCGCGCCGCCGCCGCCGGCGCGUCGCCAGACGACCACGUCGCCUACCCGCCCUGCGGCGUCGUGCCUUUCCACGGCUUCUCUAUGUACUUGGCACCGCUCUGUUUCGUGUUCAGCGACGCCGUGGAGCUGCUGUUCACCUUCGAGCGGCUCUACGUGCGCUACUUCGUGUUCCUGCACUCGCUGUCCAGCCGGCCCAACGGCAUUGUGUCGAUCAGCCUGCUCCUGGAGCGCCUGCUGCGGGAGCACGAGCCCAGGCUGUGGCUGCACUGCCGACAGUGUCGGGUUCAGCCACUGCGCCUGGUGUUCCGCUGGCUGGUGCGCGCCUUCUCCGGCUACCUGAGCGUGGACCAGCUGCUCCAGCUGUGGGACAUGCUGCUGGCCUACGACUCUCUGCAGCUGCUGGCCCUGCUGGCCGCCGCCGUGUUGGCGUACCGGCGCGCUAAUCUGCUGGCCGCCAGCAACCAGCCGACGAUGGAGGCGGUGCUGGCUGACCUGUCGUCGAUCCGGGUGGUGCCACUGCUGCGGGCCGUGCUCGGUCGCUGGACCUCCUAG